AUGGGCGACACCCUCUUCCGUAAUGCCACGGCUGGGGCCACUCAAGACAGCGGCAUUAGCACCACCCCCGAGGCAGCCGUUCCGUCGAAGCCGCAAUACGUAAACUACCGGCCCCCCAACGCUGAUUUUACUCCACCAGCGUCUCCUCAGCCCCAGAAUCCAUAUGCGGUGAAGAGAGGAUUCGGAUCACAGCGAUCAAGGCAUCCUGUGCAAUUACAAAUGGAGGCAGCAGCCUUGCAAGACUCCAGUCCGUCUCCAUUGGAAAGCCCAACUCUUCCUCUAACCGCCCUGCCUUCCCCCAAGUAUCCCUUACGACAGCGGGCUCCCACUCUCCUCCGCCAUGCUGCUGUACCUUCUCCCUCUCCCCUCAAUGAAGGACACAUCCGACUGGACCAAACUGCCCCAUCGCCAACAUUUGCUCCGGCAAGGACACGCCGGGAGGGAAGCGUACCAGGCUCGCCCGACCUUCGCCCCUUCUACAACCCCCUAGCCAGUAAUCCUGUAAACUCGAGCGGACCGGCAUGGGACUCGUCCACGGAUGACCUGUCAAGUGCAGCUUUGCACGGCCGGCCUCGGGGGAUGACCAACUCUUCACAAUCAUCCUUUCACCCUACGCCUCCGCUGCGAUCCGUGACUUCUAUACCCGACUAUACCCAGCACCGAGGGAACGAGCGUUCAAAUUUGUCUGGCACCUACAAACCCAAUAGAGGUGUUCCAAACUGGUCUCAUACUGACUAUUAUCCUACUCCACCGAGGCCCUUCCGCGGCGAGGAGCCACGAGCCAGCUUCCGAUCCGGCUGGACGAAUACCACUUCAAGCUUGAUGGAGGCUAGCGAAAGAAGCAGUAUAGGAACUGCGCGGAGCUCUGUGGCCAGUGAGCGGCAGGCUAGUGUAUACUCGAGAGACCAGUCAAGGGACCGUUUGCGAGACCGGGAUGAUUCGCCUGAAACAGUUCAGACCUCAGAUGUGGCCGAAGAAGACGAUGAUCAUCUGGACGCAGUUGGCGACGUUCUAGACUCGUACUUCUACGACGAGGACGACCAAGACCGCACCCAGGAGUUUGAGGACCACGAUAAUCAGGCUUACCUACACCCUUCACCAGUCCCUUUGGAAUCGGAGCCUCCUGAGUUGUCGCAGACGCCCUCCCGCGACCUGGAUUCCCUAGAUUCUUUUCAAUCAUCCGAGAACCUAAAGCAUUGGGACGAUCGCCCGUUGCCGUAUGUGGAUAAUACCACAGACGAUACGCCAUCCAAGGAUUCGUUGACCAUCCAUCAUCCACCUCUAAUCGGUGACUCGAAUGCGAUGAACCGUGAUGAGAACGGAAUGAACCAUUUGCCUCUUCACCAGAUGAGUCCUUUACAGGCUCAAAACAUCCCGAGGACAAGCGAUGUCGUAGGGAAACAAUCCGACAAACGACAAUCCAAGGCGUGGCAACGAUCAAGCGAAGAGCUACCCCGACGUAUGUCCGUGUCUUUGCAGGCUCUAGCUCUCGGCGCACACAGUACCACAGAUCGUCUAAACAGCACAAAGGAGAUAGGGCCACAACUAAAAGGAUCGAGUCUUGAUCGCUCCAAAAUGACCGAAAUGCGGCGCGACAUAUCUGGACUGCCACAGUUACCAACAAAGAAAUCGCGGCUAUCACGCCAAGACUGGGCACACAUUGAGGCGUAUUCGAAGACUCAUAGCAAGAGGCCAAGCGCUUCUCGAACUAUCUCAAGCGAUUCGGUCGUAAGUAAGAGUGGUCCGCAGUCUCCACCGCCACAAAGGUCCGAGCCACUUCCUGAAGUCGAUGAAGAUGAGGCAAUCCCUCGCCGCGCAUCAACUAGUGUAUUCGACCGGAAAAGCAGACUGUUCAAUUUGGGGACUAUGGCUCCGCUUAUCCCAAAUAAAACUACAUCAACCCUUGAGCCUCCUGCGUCCUCGCCUGCUCAGCGAAUGGAUGAGGCUCAGCUGCGAAGAAUGGCAGCUCCGGUGGAGCGGGAUCGCUAUGGGUUCAAGAAGGCUUCUGAUAAGAUUAAAGUACAUGAGUACAAUGCAUGGGCCCCGAAAUACGAAGAGCACAUCUCCCGACGGCGGAACAAAUGGGUCGCCCUGAUGACCAAGCAGGGCCUUUCGACUACAGACCCUACCAAAUUCCCGGACGUCUGCGAGAAAGUGAAACGAUAUGCGCGUAAAGGAUAUCCUCCUGAAUGGCGAGGUGCCAUGUGGUGGUACUACUCGGGUGGCCAACACUUGAUCCAGCAGAAAGAGAUGGUCGGUCUUUACGCAUCUCUUGUUACCCGAGUACGCCAAGAUGAGCUUAACAAGGACGAUAAGGAUGCCAUUGAACGCGACCUGGACCGGACCUUUCCUGACAACAUUCACUUUCGCCCAGAGCCUGCAACUGACCUGCUAGACGGGGAGUCCGACGACGAGCCUGUCCUCAUCCAGGACCUUCGUGAGGUUCUGUCUUGCUUUGCGUUGAACAACCCCAAUAUUGGGUAUUGCCAGUCUCUGAACUUCAUCGCUGGCCUCCUUCUCCUAUUCUUGAAGCAAGAUAAAGAAAGGGCUUUCAUCCUUCUCACUAUCAUCACACAAAACCACCUUCCCGGAGCCCACGCGCGAAGUCUUGCGAACACCGAAGUCAACGUGCUCAUGAUGUUGAUCAAAGAUUACCUCCCGAAGGUCUGGGCGUCUAUCAACGACACGGAUCUCAUCAACAGCGGCGCCGGAUCGCAUGCGCAUCCCAACUCGAAAUUUCAACGCCAACCCACGGUCGCUCUCUCCUGUACGUCGUGGUUCAUGAGCAUUUUUGUCGGUGUUCUACCCAUUGAGACUGUCCUUCGUGUCUGGGAUGCCUUUUUAUACGAAGGACCACGUGCUCUGUACCGCUAUGCAUUAGCAAUUUUCAAACUCGGCGAACCAGAGAUCAAGAAAUACCGGCCAGGGGACGGCGAGCUCUUCAUGGCGGUCCAGAACCUACCAAGGAAGUGUAUAGACCCGAACAUCCUGCAUGAUCUGGCAUUUGUGAAGAAAGGCUUUGGCAAUCUGUCUCAGAAUGUCAUUGACCAGAAGCGCCUCUUCUGGCGCGAACAGAACAAGAUGGCGCACCAAGUCUCGGUGAAGGGGAUUAGAGGGGUGCCCAGUCCACCAAACGAUGGAGAGGGAGACGGCGACAGCCUCAGAAAGGCAAUAGGAAUGGGCGGACUAAGAAGGAAGGCCUCGAGGCGGUUCCGAAAGAUG